AUGGCACCGAAUAAAGAUUGGAUGGACCUAGUAGAUGAUGAUAGACUUGAUAUAAAAUAUGUAGAAGGGGUUGAUAAGUUUUUAGACUAUGCAUAUGAGAAGUUGUUUAAUGGUUUCAAUCAAAAGAAUGGCAACUUUGAAAUUCGAUGUCCAUGUGUUAAAUGCAGCAAUGUGAAGUCUGGUAAUCGUGAGUCGGUAAAGACCCACUUGAUUGUUCAUGGAAUUAUUAAAAACUACAGAUUUUGGUGUCAUCACGGCGAAAGACAGGGUGAGUCCAUUUCGGAGGUUGAUGAAGAACAAGAAGAAAUGACAGAAGAAAGCCAGAGUGACGAUGAAAUGCAAGAAAUGAUUGGAGAUUUAUUUCAUAAUUCAGCUGGCGUUGUUGCACCUGAUGCCACGUCGAGUCAAGAUAUUCUUGAGCAGGAACCAGAUGGACAAGCAAAACAAUUCUACAGUCUUUUAGGUGACUCCGAGAAACCUUUGUAUGAAGGCUCUAAAUGUUCAAAGUUAUCUGCUUUAGUGAAACUACUUCACAUAAAGAGCCUAAAUAGGUGGAGUAAUAAAUCAUUCUCAUUGUUGCUCCAGUUUUUGAAUGAGGAUCUAUUGCCAGGGGAAUCAACACUGCCUAAUUCGUAUGACGAGGCCAAAAAAUUAAUCCGAGACCUUGGCCUAUCAUAUGAAAAAAUUGAUUCGUGUCCAUUCUCUUGCAUGCUGUUUUGGAAAAAUGAAGAAGGUCUUGAUACGUGUCAGAGAUGUGGUGCUUCUAGAUGGAAACUUGAUAAACAUGGAAAAGAGAUCAAGCGAAAGGCAAAUGGUAAAAAAAUACCACAAAAGACAUUGCGAUAUUUUCCUCUUAAGCCACGAUUGCAAAGGCUUUACAUGUCUUCGAAGACAGCUUCUGAUAUGAUAUGGCACCAUGAAAGACAAGUUGAGGACGGUGUGAUGAGGCAUCCAGCUGACUCUAAGGCUUGGAAAAACUUUAAUGAGCUACAUGAAAGCUUUGCCAAAGAGCCCCGAAAUGUUAGGCUGGGUCUUGCAAGUGAUGGUUUCCAGCCUUUCACAAAUUCAAAAGUUUCUUAUAGCAUAUGGCCUGUUUUACUUGUACCAUAUAACUUACCACCAUGGAUAUGCAUGAAGCAAUCCAAUUUUAUUUUAUCUAUGCUCAUUCCUGGUCCAACUGGUCCUGGAGAUGCUAUUGACACCUACUUACAACCAUUGAUAGAAGAACUAAAGGAGUUGUGGGCCUCAGGCGUUCGAACAUAUGAUGUAUCUCUGAGACAGAAUUUCAUUUUACGUGCAGCACUAAUUUGGACCAUUAAUGAUUUUCCUGCUUAUGCAAAUUUAUCUGGAUGGAGCACUAAGGGGAAAUUAGCAUGUCCUUGUUGUAAUAAGCACACUCACUCUAUCAGGUUAAAAUAUGGAGGCAAGCAGAGCUAUAUGGGGCAUCGUCGCUAUCUUGAUGAAAAUCACAGUUGGAGAAAGGAUAAGAAAUCAUUUGAUGGCACUAGGGAGAGAGGGUAUGCAGCGCCGAAGCUGACCGGAGAUGACAUCCUUAAGCAGGUGGAAGAUCUUAUAGGGAUCACCUUGACCAAUCAUCCAGAGAAGAAAAUUAAAAUAUCACACGAAAGAGCGGGGAGAUAA